AUUCACAAAAUAUAUAGAAUCAGAGAGACCAAACGUAUUUAAUAAAUAGUCAAAUACUCUUUUGACGAUCAACACAAUUAUACAUAUGUCAAAUUGGCUUGCCCCUUGGAUCUAGAUCUAACCUAAUAGUAAUUCAAUCAAUUCUCCACAGGUUCAAAUGGGACUCGUUUUAUUUAAAUAAAUUCUUCACCGAUAUAUAAUGAAUGAUCUAGCAAUAAACUUGAGGAAUUGAAUAAAAUUAGUGUCCAAAGACAUCCCAUUUCUUAAAAUUGGCUACAAUCUCAUGUCAUGAAUUGGUAGUUAUUAUUUCUUACCUUGUACUAGACAUCUCUCAUACAUCAUGUGAGUCUUCCCCAACGCUUAUGUAUACAUCUUCAUAGAGUCGUGGACUUGCAUAGCCAUCUCUCCCAUCCUUCCAUGCCAACAGUCUCUCCUGGUACAAUACAAUCUAAGAUUCUCUCUCUCUCUCUCUCUCUCUCUCUCUCUCUCUCUUCACAUUCAUGCAUGCAUAUAGAUGCUGAUUUAGAUGAUUUUUUUUGGUGUUUUGAAGCACUGGACAGAUAAACAUGGAGGGUGGACAGAGAGACAAUGUGUUUCUACUGCUGUUGUUUUCUCUUCUUUCCUCAGGUUUGUCUUCUCUAUACUUUUCUGUUCUGGAUCAGUGCUUGAAAAACCCUCCUAAACCACAGUAUGAUGGAGGAAUAGUCGUAAACCCGGAAUUAAAUUCUGGCAGGGAGGGGUGGACUCCAUUUGGAAGUACAAAAAUUGAGACCAUAUCAAAGAAAGGCAACAAGUACAUUGCUGCAUUUCAUAGGCAACAACCAUUUGAUAGUUUCUCACAGCAGUUUUAUUUACAGAAGGAAAUGCUCUACACCUUUUCUGCAUGGUUACAAGUGAGCCGUGGACAGGCUGAAAUUGCUGCAAUGUUCAAAGCACCUCCAUAUUUCAUAAGUGCCGGUUCUGUUACUGCUCAAUCUGGUUGCUGGUCCAUGCUUAAGGGUGGCCUCUAUGUAAAUUCUUCAGGCCCGGCUGAGCUGUAUUUUGAGAGCCACAAUACAACAGUUGGCAUACUAGCAGACAGCAUUUCAUUACAGCCAUUCACCCAAGAAGAGUGGAAAUCUCAUCAAGAUCUAAGCAUUGAGAAGGCCCGAAAGAGCAAGGUGAAAAUCCAGGCUAUUGAUGGUCAAGGCAAGCCUUUAGCAAAUGUAACUGUUAACAUCACACAGAAGAAGCCAGAUUUUCCAUUUGGUUGUGCAAUGAACGAAAGAAUCCUAACCAACACAGACUUUCAAAAUUGGUUCACCCCAAGGUUCAAGUUAACAACAUUUGAGAAUGAAAUGAAGUGGUACUUCACUGAGAAUUCCCCUGGCAGAGAAAACUACACCAUCCCCGAUGCCAUGCUGCAAUUUGCCAAAGAACAUAACAUCUCAGUCCGUGGCCAUACAGUGUUUUGGGAUGAUCCUCGAUACAAUAACGAUUGGGUUAAAUCGCUACCACCAAACGAACUAUCGUUGGUUGCUGACAGAAGGAUGAACUCUAUCAUGAAUCGAUACUCUGGUCAUGUUGUUCAUUGGGAUGUUGUUAAUGAAAAUCUUCAUUUUUCGUUCUUGGAAAGCAAGCUUGGAGAAAAUGCAUCUGCUGUUUAUUACCUCAAGGCUCAACAGCUUGAUGGAAAGGCGACGUUGUUCUUGAAUGAGUACAAUACCAUUGAAGAAAUGGGCGAUGAAGCAUCAACGCCAACUAAGUAUCUGGAGAAGAUUAGAGAGAUUCAAUCAAAGGGGUAUCAGGGUAGUUUGGGAAUCGGGCUCGAGGGUCAUUUUAGGACUCCAAAUCUUCCAUACAUUAGAGCUGCAAUUGAUCAGCUUGCAAUUGCAGGAUCUCCCAUUUGGCUCACAGAAUUGGAUGUUGAAAGCAGCCCCAACCAGGCAAGUUUUUUAAUGUCUAAUGUUACAAGAUUCAAUUUGAAUUUGUCAUUUAUUUUAGGAUGA